GUGUGUUUUACAGAAGUGUACACACACACACACAUACAUGGAGAAACUUUGCAGCUGUUCCACAAAUUCUCUGCAAAACGUUUAUUUUUAUUUUUUUAUCUCUGACCACAAGAAGAAGGAGGAGAUUUGAACUUUACCAUUCCACUCUGUUCGCUGAAGAAAAGGUUCCUCCUGCUCCAGCUGAGUCACAGAGUGGUCAAAGUCCACAUGUAGCACCCGGCUGGACCACUCCCCACCCUGCGCUGGCCAUUGCCACUCGUCCCUCACAGAUUCUCACGCGGACGCGGUCAUCGCCUGUCCUCAUCUUUGCCUUUUUCUUGUGUCCUGUCUGUUGUGUUCUGUGGGGGGGUCAGUUGGACGGUGCCAUGUCUGAUGCUGAGCUUGUCCCGCACCACUAUCCCGCCCAGCGCGCGGCCAAGGUGGCCGUCCACUACCUCAACACCCGCCAUGCCUCUCCCUACAGCUGCAUCGAGCUGAACCGCGUCCACAAGGCCAGCCUGGAGGACUUGGGACAGGCUGGGAAAAAGUACCGCCUGCAGAUCUCACUGAAGGAAUGUGUCAGCAAUACGGACCUGGGCCAGUGCUUGGCGGAGGUGCUCUUCCCAGGGGAGCAGGAGCAGAGGGCUCCCCAGGUGCAGUGCUCUUGUGAGGGGCUGAAGAAGCUGAACAACAGGGCGGAGGAGGACGCCCUCUUCCAGCGGCUAAACACCUCCAACAGCCCGCUCUCCGGGAGCAACAUACCAGAUAGCUAUGGUAACAUUGCUCCAGAGAUGAAGCCCAUGUGGCACUUGGGCGCUGCAGCAGCGAGCUUCGUCAUGCUGAAAGAGUCCAACGAGAGCACACUCUACAACAUGGCCCAGGUGGCCAACUUCACCCAGCUGGAGACGGAGAAUGACCAGCUGAGGUUUAAGUAUCACAUCCUGCUUCAUGACAUGAUCUCUCAGGAGAUCCUGCACUGGAAGCUGCUGGUGGCCUGGUCUCCAGCGGGGGGCGUGAGUGUGCCACAGGCAGACUGGGAGCCCAAAUGCCACCACUGUGAGCUGCCUUUGGCCAAAUCAACGCCAGAGGCCACCAAACCAUCUUCAGCCAGCUGAACCCCACAUGAUCAAUGCCAGGUCACCCUGAACGGUCAGCAACAAUCCCCAAGAUGAAGAGAAAAGCACUUAAGGAGUAGGACAGUCAUGGUCAUUAUGGUUAAUGUGAGCAGACUCGUUGGUUAGCUGUUUAGCCAGGGUUGUAUGACCGGUUUGUUCCACAGAUUAAGUGUUAAAAGUACUCAGAACGGGAGCUAUAAGCAUAUUACUCCAGUUUACGUGUGCAACUGCUUGUACCAUCACUGAUUUUGAUAUAAAGCCUAAUAAAGUGUUGUUAAAUAUG